CGCAGACGACGAGUCGGAGAUGCUGCCAGGCGCCGCCUCGAAAACGUCGUCGCCAACUUACAGCUGGAUGAGUCGCUCAGGUGUCCAGACAGCGAGGCCACGCCCUCUGAUCGGACCUGGGAUCGCAGGCUGACCCCCGACCUGCCGGCAGAGACCAGGGAAACAGCGUCGCUUCAUACACGCUCCGUCUUCGUGCUGCUGUUGCCGCGGCGACUGAGUCGCCACAAAGAGACUGAACACACGAUGGGGGAGGAUGACAUCAGCUGCUCUGAUUGGUCGGUAAGACAGAGGAAUUAGGAUUAACGAGAGCAGCUUGUCAGAACUAAUUAAGUUGACAAGACCAGACUGUUUACAUCAUCAUACUGAGGUCCACUGUGAGGACAUCACUGCUCUGUGAGGACAUUUUUGUCCAUUUUCUUCCUGUAAAAUAACAGCAAAUGCAAUCAUGAACAAAAGUUUCCAUCCAGUUAUAAAGUUUACGUUUAUCAUUCAGUCUUUAGCUUCCAAUGAUUCCUAAAACUCUGAAUUUUCUAUGAUGAAUCACUGAAACACCUGUAUCUUUGUCACAACACAUAGCCAUGUAUUUUGGUUCUCUCAGAUUUAUUAAAGAUCAUCUGGAGAAAUGAUAAAAUCUGCUGAGUCAAAAAUGUGUACAGACAGUUGUGUUGAAAUUUUCCAGUUUGGUGCCUCUUAACUUCUUGUAGGUGAGUACAGUUGACUACAGCUGCUGACUCCUCUGGCUGAUUGAAUAGAACCCAUUAGAUCCACUCAUUAAACUCAGUCUCAGGAGCUCAGCAAAGAUCUGAAAAAGCAAAUCAUUGACUUGAACCAGUCAGAAAGUCACCGACAGACAUUUCAAAGUAGCUUCAGAUCCAGAAUCAUCUGUUUGUCAGAAUAAAGUUCAUGGUCCAGGUGUGUUACUGCCACCAUCAGGAAGAAAACACAAACUAUCACUUGCUGCUGAGAGACUAUUGGUCAGGAUGGUCAAGAGUCAACCAAGAAUCAUCAGAAAGCAGGUCUGGAUGGAUGAGAAGCUGCUGGAACACAGCUGUCAUUGUCCACAAGGUUCUAGAGGAUCCAUGAAGAAGGAAGUUCUUUGUCUAGAAGCAGAACCUUAAAGCUCCACUCAUCACAUGGACAAAGAAAAGACCUUCUGGAGGAAAGUUCUGUGGUCAGAUGGAACCCCAAGAACACCAAACCUACCAUCAAGCAUGGUGGUGGAAGUAUCACACUCUGUAGCUUCACACAAAGUAAAUGGGUAAUAUUAAUAUUUUAAAAAUUAAUGCUACUUUUUUUUUUUCAGAACUGCUGACACCACCAGAUUUCCAUCCAUCCAUCAUCUAUACAUCGCCUAAUCCUCAUUGGGGUCAUGGGGGGCUGGAGUCUAUCCCAGCUGAUUUAUAGCGAAGGUUCACCUGGACAGUGCACCUGGAAGUGACGCGCUGAUGACGUGGUUCCGGCGUGGUGCCGGGUUCGGUGUGAGCCAACAUGGCAGCUCCUCUGGAGGUGGUUCUGAGCAGCGACUCCGGUUCUCAGCUCUGGAACGUGUCGGUGUUCGACCCUCACUCCGGCUCCAGCCUGCUGUCCUACCGCGGCGGCAGCAGCGCGGCCCGCAGCCUGGCGGUGCUCCGGGGCGGAUACCUGCUGUCCGCGCAGCUCGGCAAGAACUUCAUCAACGUGUGGGAAAUCCAGAGGAAGGAUCAGCUGCAGCAGAAGAUCGUGUGUCCAGGUGUGGUCACCUGUCUGACCGCCUCACCUGAUGGACUCUUCCUGGCUGCUGGGGUGGCCGAGGCCGUUUACCUGUGGGAGGUGUGCACAGGUAAGCUGCUGUCUGUCCUCAGUCGUCACUAUCAGGACGUCACCUGUGUGAAGUUCACAGACGACAGCAGCCACUUUGUUUCAGGAGGAAAAGACAACCUGGCUCUGGUGUGGAGUCUGUCCAGUGUGGUCCAUUUGGAUUUAAGCCACGCCCCCGAGCCUCGCCACGUCCUGUCCCGUCACUCUCUGCCAAUCACAGACCUGCACUGCGGCCUGAUGGGAGCUCAGGCCAGAGUCGCCACCGCCUCCUUAGACCAGACCGUCAAGGUGUGGGAGUUAUCUUCUGGAGAGCUGCUGCUGUCCAUCCUCUUUGAUGUGGAGGUCAUGUCGGUGACCUUUGACCCCAGCGAGUACUUUGUGUUCUGUGGAGGAAGUGAUGGGAACAUUUUCCAGGUGUCGCUGUGCAGCCAGAGUCUGAGUCGGGAAAAAGCCUUUCAGUCCGACACCGAAGGAAACCAGGUGUUCAAAGGACACAGGAACCUGGUGACGUGCCUCUCGGUGUCGAUGGAUGGGACACUGUUACUCUCCGGGUCACAUGACGAGACGGCUCGGCUGUGGGACGUCCAGAGCAAACAGAGCGUUCGCUGCCUCACGCACAAAGGUCCAGUGACGAACGCCGUCAUCAUGGCGGCUCCGGCCAACAUGUUCCUGCCAGACAGCCGACCCGCCAUCCCGCUGCCACGCUUCAGCCGACACCUGCACGCCUCCGAGGGCGACGGUGGAGAGUCAGGGGAGGUGUGUGUCCGCCUCGGCCUCAACGUACAGGACGAAGAGGAAACAUACCUGCAGAAAACGGAUCGGCUCAAUUCCUUAAUGGACGCCGUGACUGACAAGUCGGUGUUUGGUGACGGUGAAAACACGAAGGUUCGAGUCGCAGAACUCGAAGAGGAAGUUCAGACUCUGAAGAAAGUCAACAAAGAUCUGUACGACUUCUCCAGCCAGCUGCUCACAAAACCCACGUAGACACGCACUGUAUGCACAACAACACACAACACACAAUGUGCACACAACAAUACACGGUAACACGUGAAAAACACACAUGUAAACAUACUGUGAUGAUUUUUGUUACAAAAUAAAAGCCUUUUUUAAGAA